UGGGGGAAGGAGAGUGAGAGCAGUGACGUCACAGGUUUGGUUGGCUGGCCUGCAAUGGCAGAGGGUCGGGGGUGGCUGGCAGGCUGAUGGCUAGCGACGGUCUCAUAUAAUACCCGUGUGCGGGGCAGGAUGGCUCACAAAGUAGGCCAGGACGACGCACUGCACGAGCCCAACACCCACAGUGAAGUGAGCUUAAGCCCCGAGGCGGAUGACCAAGACGUAGAGAGGACUAGGGGCAGUGAAAUGGUGAGCGGGCCACUAGUGAGUGCAGUGGAUGGGCCGAGCUCCUCGCCUGGUGCCACUUGUUUAGAGGACUCCCGGUACCGUUGUGUGGAGGACACUUCUUCUGGCGGGCCCCAGGGAGAAGGUCAGAAGGGAAGAGAGGAGGUGUGGAGGCAGGGGCGAGGCGGAACUGAGGACAGUUGUGAGACAGACAUGGUUGGCGGUAGUGCGGGUUCCUUCGAGGCUGAGCAGCAGCAGGGGCUUGGCGCUGCGGCGGCAGUCAUGGAACACGCAGACCCCAACCUGUACAGCUCCGACGAGUGGGAGGAGAGUGACCUCAGUGAUACUGAUGGUGACCAUAGCGACAGUAGCGACGACGACGACCCUAAGUCCCAGGUGGACCGUCUGAUUGAAAAGGUGACCCUGGUGUACCUGGACGGUGAGAACUCCAACCUGUCCUCUGAGAGCAGCGAUGACAGCGACGACAGCGACUACGACGACAGCGACAGCGAGAGUGACAUCACGGACGUGUCUCCGCUCAUCUCGGCCACGGCCAGUCCCCUGGGGCUGUCCCCGGUGCUGCCCCGCCGGACCCUGGGCACCUCUCCGCUGGCCCUGCAUGACAACAGGGACCUGGGUUUUGACUAUGGGGCUGAGGUGGCCACGGAGGAGCACGGCUACGAGCUGACUGUGCCCCCAGUGCAGCCCGUGGAGAGGGAGAGGCACUCCUACAACUCCCAGGAGCCCUCGGAUAUGACGGUGCUGCUCAAGGCCGUGGUGGAGCUGGAAGAGGAGCAGAGACGGGAGCAGGGCAGCAAACGGCAUAGCCUGCAGGAAACCCCCAGCCAGCCCAUCGCAUCCCAGGCCCCCGGCGACAGCCACAUGCCCAGGCGGUCGCCCCCCAUUGCCAUUCACCCCAUAGACGCCAGCCCUCACCACAGGCACCUGAGGCGGGCGGCGGGCCACCACUACAGGAGGAAGAAUAUGUCCUUCCCCAAUGAGGAGGUGCGGAGGAUAGACCGGGAAAACCAGAUCCUCCUGGAGAAGAUCAUGAACACCCACAGCCGCACCUCCACCAGACACCACCACCAUCAUCACCAUCAUCACCACCACUCCCACUCCAACUCCUCCUCGUCCUCCAACCAAAGCUUCCCUGGCCACCACCACAACAGUCGCCCCGUCCACAGGCCAGCUAACUCCACCAUAAACCGGAGGAGAGAGGAGGAGAAGAUACGCAGAGAAAAUAUGAUUCUGCUGCGAAAGAUCCAGGAGGCCAAGCCCUCACGGGAGGUGGCAGCAUUCCGGUGUGGCGCCUCAGCCCGCACCGGCCCAGGCCACGUGGCUGCCACCGCUGCGCGCCACAAGGAGACAGCACUGUGAGGGACGCCUGGGGCUGGCGGUGCCCCGCGACACACUGAACUGUGCCGGCGGCCCCCGGCCCUCUCCCGCUGAGCGUCCCCCGGCCCGGCACCGGCGCCUGACGCGGCAGCACACCGCCCCUCCACCAUGGUGCCGGCGCUCUGAGUGCCGCCACCCUUGAGUCUGCCGGCUAGUGUCGUCCUGCCCCCGCCCCGCCGGUGCCAGCAGGCCCUGCCCACCUGGAGCAGCACUGUGUCGUUGUGCUUGCCCCACCACUGCCUCUACUAGGCAGUAGUGGUGGCGCCCGCUUGGCGGCACAACUUUCACUCCACCCUGUCUGCAAGUGGCAGCUGGAUAGUGUUGCAGCAACACCCAUGAGAUAAGACUGUGGCCGUCAGUUGAGAGUCUGGAGAACACCAGUGCCAUGGAAGGCCCAGCAGGACAGCAGGUAGUGGCUUGUGGUGUUGAGGCGCCACACCAGCACCUCAACAUCCUCCACAGCUGCUUUGUGUGUGUGCAUGUGUGUAUGUAUGUAUGUACAUCUCCCACACAGGAACACACACUCUGCCUCUUCCAUGGUGCUUGUUUUGCCUGUGUGCAUUUUUAACAUAGGAAAGUUAGCUAGGAAGCUGGACCUGUAUAUUAGUGCCGUUUCCUGCCACACGUGUUAGAAAAACUAAGCUACAGGAGAAAGUCUCAGCUGGAGAUCCUUCCCCAAUUGUCGUCUCCAUGCGAGUCCAAGCAGCUGACACUCACAUUCCAUUGUUAGCAUUAACAACACUGUUAGUCACUUGUCAACACUGUAGUGAGGGACAGGACAGGACUGGAGACUUAGGUUUAGCGGCCGGUGCAAAUCCUCCUCACCCUUGCUGUCAGGUCCUCCAAUGAUGCAUAAUUCAUCACACACCCUGCAGUCUUACAUACCACGUGCCAUCGCUGUGAUUCUUCCAAUAAUUGACGUCACAGAGUCCCUGGCGGCACAUCCCUGGCCCGUGCCACCCACCAGGCCUUGGGGGGUGCCUGCCAAGGGCGUUUCCUGGCACUAACGUACUUCCUGAGAAUGCCAUCCUUGUAUAACACCAUCUCCCCUGCUUGUAAAUAUUAACCAGGCUGCAUCAUUCCCUGGUCAAACCAUCAGCUGUGUACAAAGUUUCAGAAUUGUUUGCUAUGAGAGGAGAAGGCAGGGUGCACUUAUGAGUUUUGUUUCAUUUUAUUUAUUAUUUUUCUCAAUUUUCUUAUGCAUUUCUUAGCCUUGUGGUGUAAUUAAGCAUCGCCUGACGCUGGUCUUGGGUUCCUGCCGGGCCCCUCGCAGAGCACAGGCAGAGGUGGGCGGGUGGGCUGGGCUGUGAGGGCAUCACCUGCACCACACCCCACACUGUCUCAGCACACUCACCACUACACAUGGCAAGGCACUGCGUCUUGUACUGCUCAAAUCGUGACACAUUCACUAUGGUCCUUGUUGCUUUAAAUCAAUGCACCUUUAAAUUUUAAAAUGGUCUUUGUGCAAUUUUUAACUGGAUUGAAUUACACGAGGUGAAAAUGUUAAGAUGCAUAAUUUUUGCAGUUCAGAGUUGAGAAUUUCAGACUCUUAGAUGGAAAGUGUUAAGAUGCAUCACAGUUUGCAAUUAAUAGUUAAGAAAUUUGGACUGCAGAAUGCAAAAUACACCUCAACACACACACACACACACACACACACACACACACACACACACACACACACACACACACACACACACACAAGCAAGAGACGCCCCCAACAGCCCCGCCCCAUGCCCUCCCCUCACUAGCGCCGGGGCCGCCAACACGACACAUAGUGACGGGUAUAACCACUGUAACAUACUGUACUAUUGCGCUAUGUAUAUGACUGUGUAUAUGUACAUCUCCGCCACUACUAGCCAACAUGCAUACUGUAAUGUGUACACUUUGUCGCCAGGGGGUCAGGACACAUAGGCAACGCACUCCUGUUUGUGUGUGUAUGUGUGUGUGUGUGUAGGGAGAGAGACAAGGGACACAGGAGAUGCACACACACACCCACACAUACAUUCAGGAGUGAUGUCAGGAUAGGUGAGGGAUGUCUUGCUAAUUAGUGGCAGCAGCAGCAGGAGUAGCCUUGUGUGACCUGUCUUGGGACACUUCCAUGCAAUGCUGGGCUGUCCUGUUGCCAAAUCUAUCCAGUGUUUCACCCAAUGUUUCCUCCACCUCCCCGUUUAUUGGGUGACUUGUGUGCUGUCCGCCUCCCAGGGUGGAGGGGACCGGCACUGCAUGGUCACCAAGGGGAGGGUGGAGUGAGGGGAGUGGUGGAGUCCCCGCUGUCUUGGCGAGGGCCUCAGGCUGCAAAGUGGACAUGAUUUCAUCCAUGAUAAUCUAGUCAGACGAUCUUAUUCCAUGAUUGACUUGCCUUGCUGGUGACGCACAGGGUGCCUCUUGGUCUGUCUUCCUCCUCUGUUUCUUUUGUCCCAUCUUGACAUCCUUUUUGGUGUGUCUUAAGUUCUCUCCACUCCUUAUUUUCAGUUCAGAACCCUUUGACCUCCCUCCCACUCUUCCCCGCUGGUCUCUGUGCUGCCCUGGUCGCUGUGCCGGGCAGGUUCACAUGCUUCCAAGUAUUCCCAUUAGAGGCACUGCUCAGCCCCAGACUGACCCUGGCAUGGGCGUGGACCGCCUUGAGCCAGGGACAGCCUCCGUCCCGUCUCCCGCUGUGGGACGGUUCCUAGAUGCUUUGUAAAUGCACUUCCACUGGCAUGUUUCCUGCCACCCAUUUGCCCCCAGCAGUGGGUGUCCUCCUGCCAGGAAAUUCUUUCUUGAACAAAUGCUCUUGAUCUCUCAUUACAUCUUGCUCUGUCUUGCUCACUUUUCUCAAAUUCUGACAUUUAACUUUUUUUUUUUUUUUUUUUUUUUUUUUUUGUAGGAAUCUAGGGCUCAACUGGUUUGGGCUUCUUUGCCAUUUAUUUUGUACUGUUUUGGUGGUAUAUAUAUACAUAUUGCUGAUAUCAUGGAGUUGUCAGUAUUUUUUUUUUUUUUUUUUUUUUUUUUUUUUUUUUUUUUCCUCCCUUUUGAAAGGUAUAUUUAUAUUACAUGCCAGAGUGUAAGAAUGUUUUGUUCAACUUUGCCGUUUUCUAAUGCAGCAUGAUUCUUGUUAAGUUCAAGUGUGCAUGCAGUAUUUUGUAUUCACUUUUUUAGUCAAGUUUGUGAGACGUACAAUCACACAGAACUUGCACAAAGCUCAGUUUUAUACAUAAGUUCUGUCCUGCAUCAGAGUUCUGCUAGCCAGUCAGUCAGCCAGUGAAGCAGUGAAUGUAUUGCAUCAUUAGGAAGUGUUUUUGAAAGGAGGGACAGCAAGUCUUCAAAGUUUGGUUGUGUUUCUUUUUAUACUCUUUUUUUCCAGUCAUGUUAGGGCAGAUAGCAUUGUGUCUGGAGCACGUCCCAAGUAUUUAUAAGGACGGGAGGUCUUGGGGCAGCAGGGAACACUUAACCUUUGCUGUAACAUGGAAUACUGUGAAAUGUGACAAGUGGACACGCACUCAAUGUAUGAAUGCUCUGUGUCGCUUCACGUAUGGAAGGAGGAUCUGGAUGCCGGUGCUCCGUUCAUCUACUUCCCUGAUCCUGGUGUUGGAACCCCCUAAAUUGUGUGAUAGAGUGAUCUGAACCUCUGACUUGUUCACUUGAGGGUUUAGUUGUAUUAUGGUGAUGUGCUCGUGUGUGUGUAUGACAGGAUGACAUGAAUCCCAAAAUUGUGAGAGUGAUCUGAACCUCUAAGCUGUUCAUUAGAGGGUUUCAUUGUAUUAUGGUGAUGUGUGUGAACGUGACAAACCUCCAGACUGUUCAGUGGAGGUUUUGAUUAUAUUUUGAUGUGAACCUCUAAAUUGUUCAAUAGAGGUUGUAAUUCUAUUUUGUUUGUAUGAAUGUGAAAGAAUGAAUUGAAUAUCCUAAAUUUUGUGAUAACAUUUAUCUUAUGUUGAUUUUGAUGAUUGAAUGUGAAAUAAUGAUGAGAUUGUUCUUUUAUUAUUGUUUUCAGGCUGUGAAUGUCUGAAUGAAUGAGAGAGAGAAAGAAAGAGAUACAAGUGUUGGUGUUACCAAGAGUGUGUGUGUGUGUGUGUGUGUGUGUGUGUGUGUGUGUGUGUGUGUGUGUGUUGAGCCUUGCAUGGAGUUGUGAGCCCCGCCAGCUGACAGGAGGAGCCAAGGGGGACAGGAGGAGGUACCAUUGAGGUAUCUAGAAGACUAUCCACGCCGGCUUAUGAAACCACAACAACUACCACUACUAUACUGUGUGUACAUAUUUUUAUACUUGUCUUUCAUUGUCUGUGAAACUUUUGAACAAUAAAAAGCUAUUGUUGAGA